AUGCUUCGUGUUGCCAGUGCAUCCCUCCGUGCUUCGGCCUCGCUGACCUCGCUGCGCACCUUUGCCGCCGCUGCCCUCCCGCGGGCUGCCGCCCACAAGGCCCAGGCCGUGGCUGCCGACAAGGCGCCGGCGACUCCUGCUGCCAGCGUCAAGCCGGCCACUGACGUCCCUGUCGAGCGCAAGGUUUACAUCUUCAAGCCCGCGCGGGUUGCCACCCAGCAGGGGUGGAAGGGCCGUGAGACGUGGAAGAUCGACUGGGAGCAGGAGACGCGCUGGAAGAACCCGCUCAUGGGCUGGAACUCGUCGGCUGAUCCCGUCGGCCAGGCCCAGGUCGAGUUCCCCACACGCGAGGCGGCCAUCAAGUUUGCUGUCGAGCAGGGCUGGACGUAUGUUGUCAAGAAGACCCACGUGCCCAAGGCCGUCGCAAAGUCGUACGCCACCAACUUUGAGUACAAGUGGCCGCGCGACAUCCGCCCCAAGCGCCAGCCGCUCGCCCGCACCGAGAAGCCCUCGUCGGCCUAA